AUGGCGCCGAGGCCGGAGGAGGCGGGCGGCCCCGGCUGCGAGCGCCCCGCCCCGCGGCCCGGCCGUGAGAUGGCGGCGGUGCUGGCGGGCGGCUCCGGGCGGGCGCUGCGGCAGGCGGCGCGGCGCUCCGCGGUCCGCCCGCCCGCCGCGGGCGGCUGGGGCUGCGCGCCCGCAGGGAAGCGGUACCUGCUAACAGAAGAAGAUAUAAAGUUGCAGGAAUUUCAGCAGAUGAAAGUGGCAAUUAGAAAUGAGCUUCAUGGCAGUAAAGAUCAAUAUUUUAAAAAUAUUAAAGAAAAACUAAGGAAAGAUGGAAUAAUUCUCAGAAAUGAACUAAAAAAUUUGCUGCAUUUAUGUCAGACUUCCUCUGAUGUGGAACUAGCCAGAAAAGUUAUUUACAGGUACCAUGAACAGAAUGGAAUCACAACCUUACGUAAUUUUAAAUUUGGGCCACUCUUUAUGAGGCUGUGUUAUGAGCUAGACCUUGAAAGACCAGCAGUAGAACUUAUCAAAGAUCAGAAUCUGCAAGGUUUUUUCUCAGACAGUACAUCAUUCCAUAUUUUGAUGACUAUGUUGUUUAAAAAGGGCUAUUUUGAAAGUGCUUUGGAAGUUCUGGUAGAAAUGAGAAAGCGAGGGAUACCUUUCAACAAAGAAACCUAUCUGCUUGCAGUUGCAAUAUGCUAUAAACUGGGCAGCCCCGAAUCUUCCAAAAUCUCUGCGAGACUGCUUGAGGAGGCACAGCUGAAAGGUGACACGUUACCACUACGAGCAUACUGCUUUGCAAUGGCAACUGCCCUCAAGCAGAACGAUGUAGCCCAAGCCAAAUUUUAUUGUUCGCAGAUAAUGAGAACAGAGAACAAACUAUACAAUAAUCUUAAAGUCCUUGUCCAGCUCAGAUCUGGUUUGCUAAAAGAAGUAAUAAAUACAUUAGAGGCAGCAGUGGAAGUAGACACUCCUCCCUUUGUGAAAAGAACUGAGUUUUCUGAGCAGGUGCUGGCCACAGUCAGGGAAAAGAUGGAAGAGAAUCCUGACCUUUCUGUCAAAUUAGGAAAUAUUUAUACCAAACUACAAGCUUCAGGACGGAUAACCAUGUGCACGCUGGAGGACAUGCUUUUCCAGAUUCCUAGUUCAAAGAAGACCACUGCAAAGCUUUUAAGUCAGAAACGAUUGGGCUAUCAGGGUGCUAAUCCACUUUGGUCAAACCUGUUGUUGGAAUAGUUCAGUAUUUGAUGCCAAAUUGAACUGCUGAUAACAUCUCUUAUAAUCCAGGUUCAAGUAAAAUGUCUUUUGCCUUCUUACACGGUGAGCAGUUACAAGUUGUUUGUAUAAAAUUUCAUGUUAAAUACAGAUCACGUUGCUUCCCUGUUUCAAUUUUGAUCCAAAAAAUAAGUUGCAACAGUGGGUGUUUCUGUGUUGUUCAGAAAUGGGGGUGAUGGAAAGGUCUGACAUUUUCCUUAGGCUCUUGUAUCAGGAUUUUCCUAUGCUAAAUAUUCUGGAAGUGAAUGGAUGGAAGUGAGCAAAGUGGUAUGAGUAUCUGAUCUGACUUCGGUGGUUCUUAAGAGGAAAAUUUGGUCUUUAUCAGAUGUAAUGUUCUGACUGAAAGGACAGAGGCAAGAAAGAGUCCAGAUAGAGGAGCAUGGAAGUACUUGAACUAUCAAUUCAGAGUCUCUAGAUCUCAAGAGAAUCAGGGGGAAGCAAGCAUAUUUUGUUCACUUUAAUACCUUUUUCUUCUAAAGAAAUAUACUAGUAAUUUUUUCGUACCAACUGGGAUCAUGGAAAUGCCAGGGAAUUAGCAUGCUAACCCAAGUGGUUGCUUCCUCACUUGAAGGAGAUUCCUGAUCAAAAGUCACUCUCAGACUGAGUGACUUCACAAAUUGCUUCCUUCUAAUUUUCUGAUACUAAGAUUCCUAAGAUAAGCCAAUCUUGAUGCAAAUUUGCUACUAAGUUACAAAAAGCUUUUUAGAGCAAUUAUGAUCACAUUUUUAGCUGUAAUUACACCAUCUGUGUAGUUUACCCUAUUUUUUGAUUGAAGAAAAAGUACAAAGAAGCUUCACUUCUUUGACUGACUCUAGAUCAAAUGUGCCUUGACUCUAGCAGUAAAAAGCUGUUUGUGUCUGUGAGUCCUGUAUGCCCAAGAAUCUGAACUCACCAUCCAGAAUAGAAGGAAUUUGGAACAGAUGUACCUUGGCUAUUCAUGUGCCUUUGGGUGCCUUUGCUUGUGAAAUAUUGAACAUGCUGGUAAGAGAACUUGGUGGUUUUGUGAGCACAGGACUAGGUGGAACUCAGCUGGCACUUGCCAAGUUGGGCUGCAUUAUCUCUCCUGUCCCUUCUGUUUGUUUAUUUUGUCUCUGCUCCACUCAAGUGUAUAUUUUCUGAGUCAGAACUCAGUGUAUAUUUUCUGUGAAUAAAUAUCUGCAUCUGUAUCACUGAAGCCAGUGAGACACCGAAGAAACAAGAGCCCGUCCAUGCUUCAAAACAAAUGUGGCUACAGCCAGUGGGAUGUUUCUUUCUGAAGCUUUAACUCUGUCACUUCUUUGGUCACAUUGUGUCCUCUUAAUAUUUAAAAUGUACAAAAACUGUUACAAAGUAGAUGGAAUUUUUUGCAAGGGAAGGAUGAUUUGAAGUGUGUAUCACAUUUCUAUGAAUUGUGUGUACCUUUUUUAUGAUUGGUGACAUAGACUAAAGUACCACAUACAUUAAUCUAAGAACACAGCUAUUACUUUUUCUGAAAUAAUGUGUAGUAUGUAAUUCCCCACAUAAUUUUCUCUUCAUUGAAAAUUCUUUCAACAUUUCCAAUAUCAUGUGUACCUUUGAGAAAUUCUGAAUCUUUUCUCCAGCAAUAAAUUUGAUAUGAGAUUUUUAAAGGCUGCUUGCAGUGUGGUAAGGAUUAGUGGCAAGAAAUUUAAAGGAAUGAAUUACUAUUCCGUUUACUCUCUUUGUAUGGACAGGAAAACCAUCUGGUGUUGUCCAGUACAAUCAAGACAACUGUUAGGUGUUAAAAGUGUAUAAAUUCCAUGUUUUUAAAGGCCUUCAAAGACAGUUUGACCCAUUUAGCCUUACACAGCAAAUACAUAAGGUCAGUUCUCUUAAAUUUCCUAUCUGGCACUUUAAAACUUACAGCAAUUGCAAGUUUUGCAUCCUAGGAUUGUGCAUGUGUGCUUGUUCAUUCUAAUCAGAAUUGUUUAGGUUCCCGUCUAAGGCUGUAUCAUACCUGCAACUGAAGUAAUCAUUAAAAUUGUCAUUAUACUUGA